AUGGACGCACAGGUGCACAUGUUCAGAUCGCAGCUCGAUCAGACCCAGAGUUCUGGCCACUUGUCAGCGCGAUCCAGUGCACCAACGUCAGGAGGGGCGGGACGUCGUCAGAAGUCUCCUGGAGCACGGGCAGAUGCAGAGUCGAGUUAUGGCAUGUUUCCCAUUGGAACGAAGGAUUGCCUGGGAGAAUUUCCAGUGUUGAAUUUGGCAAAAGACGAGGAAGUUGCAAAGUUGCUACUGGACUAUGGAGCCAAGCCGGACCAGAGGAGUCUUGUGAACUUCUUCCCAUCUGGAUCUUGCCUUUGGACGGCUACCUGGCGAUCGAACCCGCUGCUGAAACUACUUCUUCGUUACAGCAAAGGUGUAGACUCUAGACAACCACGGAUGGUAUCCAGAUGCAUCGCCACUCAUUCCGGGCCAAGAGCCAGACCUAGGAUGGGUGCUGGCAUGUACUGGCUCUGA